AUGAUCACUCUGAUCUGUGAUUACUCAUGGAAUCCGUUCAUCUCCGUUUGGUACGACUCUCAUCGAAUAAAAUUGCAGGCUACGGGAUUUGGAGGCUGCAGAGGGUCUCGCCCGAGAAGUCGCGGGUAUCAUAGGACUCGUUCUGAAGCCGAAAGGCGCCAGCGGAAAUUGGAAACUUUGCAGUCCCGAGAGAGGCAAUUGUGGGACUUAUUCAAUCACCCAGCAGAGCGUCUGGGAGAUCCAAUCACUCUUCAAUCUGAGGCGGAUGCGCGUCGAGAAUUAUUUGGUGUUCGCGAUGGUGGGACUAUUGGCUGGGAAACUGGGGAAACUGAAGAAUCAAGAAAUUUCAGUGAAGCAGAUUUGAGAAAUAUGCGCGAGGAAAUCAUCCAACGGCAAGACGAAGGGUUGGAUUUGUUGGCUGCCUCAAUCGCUCGUCAGAAGCAAAUGGCUGGAGCAAUCAACGAGGAGGCUGUUCUGAAACUCGCCAGGCCACCUGUAGGGCUUCUAAUUCAACACAAACCAGUUUAUGCCGCUGAAAGCAGACUGGUGCACCCGAAGUGGGGCAUUCGUCAAAGUGCUGAAAAUUGGGAUGUUCCAAUAACUGUGCCUGUGGACGAGGAUCCCUGGGGAUUCUUCAGGGAUCCACCGGUUCCGAUGGACGACAGUGAACUUAUCAAGCAUAUUCGCAGUUUCCUCGUUCAUCCGACAGCAAAAGCUUUGAAUUUAAGCCAUCCUGAGAUCAAGGAUCCGUCCGAGUUUCUCUUCACGUCUCAAAUUCUCCUCCCUACUAUAGGGAGGCUUCAAAAAUUUAAACGAAUGAAAUACACUUGCAACCCGAGAGACCCUUGGGAGGAACGUACAGGGACCAUAAGUCGCAAGAAGUGGACCAAAGUUGACGAGCAGACAAUUUUACGGAAAGGAACCAGACAGGUGUUCACAGUUGUGGAGUGUUAUCCUCUGUACUCACUUCUGGUUGCGAGCGGUCUGACGUCGUUAGAUUACCUCUCUUUGGAUCUUGAGGGCGUGGAACUAAAGGUCCUGAAAACCCUUCCGUGGAAUAAAGUUGAUAUCAAGGUGAUCGGUGUUGAAGCAUAUCACACAGAAGAAGGAGGCCAAGCGUUGGAGCACUACAUGAAAAAGCUGUGUUUGCUCAUGUCUUCGGUCUACGCUGAAGGCUUGUCCAAGUAUGCCAACAAAGGAAAACUUGGAUUGCCGGAGAUCUUUGACGCUUCCGACGCAGUGGACGAGAAGGUUUUAAAACUUGCCGAAUUAAUCAAAGCUGCGAAAACAGUUGUGGUUCACACGGGGGCGGGAAUCUCAACUUCGGCAGGAAUCCCAGAUUUCAGGGGUCCGAAUGGAGUAUGGACGCUUGAAAAGCGAGGUGAGCGACCGACGAUCGACAAAAAAUUUGAAGAAGCCCUACCGACGAAAACACACAUGGCAUUAUUUUCGCUGUAUAAGGCUGGCUUUGUUAACCUAAUUGUGAGUCAAAAUGUGGAUGGGUUACAUCUCCGAUCAGGAUUGCCAAGAGAUGCUAUUGUUGAGCUACAUGGAAAUAUUCUAGUGGCCCGAUGUGACGUUUGCAAGCAGCUCUUUGUGCUGACGAAACCGUCGAAAACAGUGGGACAGAAGUGGAUUGGAGAAUAUUGCCCUGCGUUUAAGAAAAAUUCGCGACGUUGUCGCGGCCGUUUAUUCGACACUGUGUUGGAUUGGGAUGCAGAUUUGCCAGCAGAUGAACUUUAUCUUGCGGAAUCAUUUUCCGAAGUUGCUGAUGUAAGUUUAACCCUUGGAACCACGCUCCAGAUUAUUCCCAGUGGAUGCAUCCCUCUGAAAUCGAAAAAACUGGUUAUUUGUAAUCUCCAGAAAACAAAAUUCAAUUCGAAAGCCGAACUUGUGAUCCAUGCAUUCGUUGAUGAUGUGAUGGAAAAGCUUUGCUCGUUGCUGGGAGUAGAAAUCAUGGAUUACAAUCCGAAACUCGAUCCUUUUCAACGUUUGCAAUUUGCCGAUGAGGAUUGCAUACUCUGGAAUGUACGUGUUGAAAGAAUCGCCGAGCUUGCUCGGGAGAAGAAACCCAGAAAACCUAGGUGUCCGUCAGAGGCUCCCCGUGGUAGAAAGAAACGAAGGGGUGGGUUUCAACGUGGCGUAUCAAAAAUGUUGAAAACUGAAAUUCCCGAGACAUCUGAUAUCUUCGUUGGCGAAGUAGAAGAGGUCAAAUGUGAUCAGCUGAUCGUGGAGAACAGUGUUUGCGAAGAAGAGGCUGAAGUUACGGGAGCUGCUCAAGAAAGCCCGAAAGCCUCGCAGGAACCGUUGGCUGAUCAAACUCUUGCUGAAAUCUAAAAUCCCUGUCUGUCUUCAGACUCCUUUGUCUCAUUCUCUAACUUCCGAUUAUUUUUGUGGGCGGAUCAUUUUCCGAUGUUCAAUUCGAUUCAUUUUAAUGGAAUCGUCUCCGAUGUGAUAUUCUGUGGAUGAAUUGAUUUGUAUUGGUGGUAAUAGAAGUUUAUACAGUUUAUUUUUCA